AUGGUUGAGGCAGAGGCGCAGAAGGCAUCAGAGGCAGCGGCGCUGCAGAAGGAGGAGGGUGCGGCGCCGAACAUGGUUGAGGCAGAGGCGCAGAAGGAAUCAGAGGCAGCGGCGCUGCAGAAGGAGGAGGGUGCGGCGCCGAACAUGGUUGAGGCAGAGGCGCAGAAGGAAUCAGAGGCAGCGGCGAGGGAGAAGGAUAAGGCAGCGGCGCUGCAUAUGGAGGAGGCAGACGCACAUAAGGAAGGAGAGGCUCGGAAUAAGGCAGAAGCAGCGGCGCGGCAGAAGGCGGAGGCAGAGGAGCAGAAACAGGCUGCGGAAGAGGCACUACAACUGGCUCGGGCAGAAGCGCGGAAGAAGGCUAUUGUAGAGGCACAGAAGAAGGCGGAGGGUGAGGCGCAGAAGAUGGCAGAGGCCGAGGAGCAGAAGCAGGCUGAGGCAGACGCACGUAGGAAGCCAGAUGGAGAGGACGGUUCAGAUGGGAAUAAAAUGGUACAGACAGAGGGACGGGAGACGGCGGGUGCUGAGGGGCACAUCAUCGCAGAGGAAGAGGGGCAGCAUAACGAGGAGGCAGCGUCGCAGGUAUUUGCAUACCGAGAGAUGCAGAGCAUGGCAGAGACAAGGCGUCAAAAUACUAUGGAGGAGGUUCGUGUCGUCCCGGAGGCUGGAGUGGGGCACUACGAGGGAGAUGCGCUGGAAACAGAAGAGGAGCAGAAUGAGGAGGAUACGGUACAUCCGGCAGUCCGGAUAUUUUUGGGAGGAAGUCCGACGCGGGGACCAGGAACCGGGGUAGAGGGGCCAUGGAGGGUGGCAGACGAUGGGGCGCCUAGGGAUACACUGGAUCUCAACAGGCAGAGGCGGCCCACCCUUCACCAGAGAGCAGUGGAGAGGAAUCUCGGCCAAGGCGGGGUGGCAGAAGCGUUUUGGCAGGUAGAGUGGGUCGAGGCAGAGACGGCAAUACGGCGGAUGCUGCAUCGGACGAGUACAGUCCUGGUCGAACAAGGUGACAGGUUCGUCGAGGCCGAAAGCUGGGACAUAAGCCCGGCAGAGGUAACGCGUCGUCUGACGCUCUUAGCCCGAAUGGUGACGCAGACGUUCUGCAACUUGGCGGCCCGCAACAGCAGCAUCAGUCGCGACGUGGCCGAUCUGACCGUCCAUUACUGUCGCGACGCCCUGGCCAACCUGGAAGAAGUCCGCCAUGGAAACGAGGAACGGCGGCGCCAAGCUGAAACGGCGGCCAGGUUUCGCGAGGAGGUGGACACGAGACUCUCCAACUUGCAGGAGAGUAUCGUAAGGAUGAGUGAUCAGGUUCGCCAGUCGGGAGGGGGGAUGGCGGAGGGCACGUUAAAGAGGGUGGAAGAGAGGUUGAGAGAGGUUCUGAGAGAAGACUCUGAGCGGCGGAACAGGGAUAGACUGCAGGACGAGGAGCGGAGGCAGAAGGCCACGAGGAAGGAAGCAGACGCCGCAGAGAGACGGAAGAAGGAACAACAGCAGGAGGAAGCGCGUCGGCAGAAGGAGAUGAGAGAGGGAAUGAAGGAGAUGAAGGAGGCGAUGAUGAAGGAGAUGAAGGCAGAAAUGAAGGAGAUGAAGGAUGGGAUGGUAAACCAGAUUGUGGGGAGGUUGAGCGCGGUUUUGCAAGAAGAAUCCGAGCGGCAGAAGAAGGAGAGGCAAGUGGACGCGGAGCGGCGACAACAGCAGGACGCGAAGAGGAAACAAGUGGCGGACGACGAGGAGAGACACAAGAGGAAACAACUGGACGAGCAAUGGCGGAAGGAGGAGGAGGUGAAGAGGAAGGAUGUAGAGGCCACAGAGCGGCGGAGGAAGAACAAACAUCAGGAGGAAGAGCGACGGCAGAAGGAGGUGGAGGCGGGAAUGAAGGAAGUGAUGGAGGCUGUGAAGGAGAUGAAGACGGGGAUUAAGGGGUGGAAGGAGGGGAUGCUAAGUGAGGUGGAAAAGCGGCUGUCAAUGGUUCUGAGAUUGGACGCAGAGCGGCGGCAAAAGGAGGAGCAGGGUAGGAAGGCAACGGAGGGAGAUCGGCGACAGAAGGAGGAUGCGCAGAGGAAGGAGGCAGAGGAAGCAAAGCGGGUGGAGAGGGAGAAACAGCAAGAGAUGGCGCUCCUGCAGAAGGAAAAGGCGCAGCGGAAAGAUGCAGAGGAGGCCGAGAGGCAGGAGAGGGAGAAACAGCAGGAGGAGAGGCAGAGGAAGGAGGCAGAGGAGGUAGAGCGGCGUCAGAGGGCGAAACAGCAGGAAUUGGACCGCCUGCAGAAGGAGGAGACGCAGAAGAAGGAGGCAGAGGAGGCCGAGCGGCAGCAGCGGGCGAAUCAGCAGGAAAUGGAGCGCCUGCAGAAGGAGGAAGCGCAUAAGAAGGAGGUAGAGGAGGCCGAGCGGCAGCAGAGAGCGAAACAGCAGGAGAUGGAGCGCCUGCAGAAGGAGGAAGCGCAGAAGAAGGAGGCAGAGGAGGCCGAGCGGCAGCAGAGGGCGAAACAGCAGGAGAUGGAGCGCCUGCAGAAGGAGGAAGCACAGAAGGAGGCAGAGGAGGCGGAGCGGCAGCAGAGGGCGAAACAGCAGGAGAUGGAGCGCCUGCAGAAGGAGGAAGCGCAGAAGAAGGAGGCAGAGGAGGCCGAGCGGCAGCAUAGAACGAAACAGCAGGAGAUGGAGCGCCUGCAGAAGGAGGAAGCGCAGAAGGAGGCAGAAGAGGCCGAGCGGCAGCAGAGGGCGAAACAGCAGGAGAUGGAGCGCCUGCAGAAGGCGGAGCAGUGCCGAGCAGAGAAGAGGGCCAGACUUGCAUCCUACGCGGAACAGCAGCGGCAACUGGAGGCAAAGGCAAAGGCGAUGGCUGAAGAGACGGAACGAUUGGCAAGGGAGAUGGAAGAGGAGGAUUUGAUCAUGCAGGGGGAGGGGACCUGGACAGGAGCCGAGGAGGAAAUAGCUGAGGGGCUGGGGAGUUUGCUGUUGAUUGAGAGCGGGGAGGCGAAUGUAGCAGAGGGCGUGGCUAGUGUUCCUGUACGGAAUGUAGAGGUGUCCAGGAGGCGGCCUAGACAAGAGGACAGGGAGCCGGAGGGUCAUGCGGCUAAGAGACGGCGUGCAGCUGGAAUACAGGAGUUGAUACCCAUAAUCCAAGGGGAAAAGAAAGGGAUGAAGAUCGACAAGUGUGACAACAGGAAAAACGCCGCAGUGGACGACAAGGGUAAGACUUUGGGUGUCUGCCUGCCGUUUAGGGGAAGCGGGUUCUCUCAACGGGGCGAGGGAGCUUUGCAGAAGUGGACGUCUGAGCAGACCGUCGGCAGCCGGAAGCGGAACCUCGGCUCUCACAAAACGGUGUGGGAGAGGGCAUACACGGUCGCAGUCUGCUGGAAGCUCUACUUCCCGGAUAUUGACAUGCAGGCAUACGGCAUGAAUCCAAACCGUAUUAACAAGUGGCGGGAAGACCUCGACUUCACAACGUGGCUUCCAACAGGGGUGUGGAGUGUCAUCAACGAACUCCACCUGGACAAACCGGACGGAUUCUCACUCGUUCAAACCAACACGGCUCUUCGGCAGCAGCAGGGGGAUGGCUUUCAGGUAGCUGCCUGCGCUGGUGUCGGAAUAACUGCGUGGCAGAAGAUGACCCAGUGGGAGACGGGCGCAACAACAGCUGCACGUGGAACUUCUACGGCCAUAGCAUCUUCUGCUGCCAGAUCGUCCACUGCUGCCACCGCCUCGUCGGCUGCCUCGUCAUCUUCUGCGGCCGAUGUGCCCUCUGCCGUCCACAAUGCCCUUGCGACGCUUGCAGCCUCGGUUGCUUGCGUUGCGGUUGAGGCGAUGAGGUCGGUAAAAGAUCAGGAGCAUGACAAGGAAGCGUGGAUUCUGCCCCUGUCGGAUGCGCUGCUGAAAGCGCUUCCGGCAGAGUCGCGAGCGGCCGAGGAUGCGAAGCGGAUGACGAGGGUGGUGGCAAAGGUGGUGACCUCUUGGUUCCUAUGCAGCAUGGCAUCAAGAGGCCUUCGCCAGCACCAGGGCGUCUGGCUCGGAGUCCUGCAGAAGAAGUUGGGCGGCCGGGAUACCACAACAGGGGCGGGUAAGGAGAAGAAAACCAAGAAAUCGUCCGCGAAGGGGAACGCGACGAAGGAUGCGUCGACGGAGGAGAACACCGGCACUGGCGGCCAGGAGUGA